UGACAAUUCAAGAUUUUCUGGUGAUGAGUGUACUGAGAAGAAUAUUUCGGCAGAAGACAGACCAACAGAUUCUGAAAUGCUGAGGACCUAUGCCACUGGACUUCUUUCUGUAAUUUUAGCUGGAGGUGGUCAAGUGGUGGAAGAUGUGCUGCCAUCUGAACUGCCGGCCAAGCUUAUGCGGUAUCUUCGUCUCCAGAAACAGUUUCUCAGAAAAAUUGGUUUCAUCUUCCUUCAAUGGUGAAUCGAGAGAGAGACUUGGGGAAGAACGUGACAAUUCAGAAACAGUUUCACCUAUUGUUGUUUCAGGAAUAGUAGGAAAUCGUAGAUCAUGUUUAUGUCCUGGGGCAGGUUUUGGUGGGUUCGCUUCAGAAAGUGAACAAGUAUAUCAUCAAGCAAGGGGAGCUGUUCGCGCCAACAAUGGCAUAAAGAUUCUUUUGCACCUUCUCCGCGUUCGCAUAGUCACCCCCACUGCUUCUGUUGACCGUCUCCGUGUUCUUGCAUGUCGGGUCGUGCUUGGUUUAGCUAGAGAUAAAACAAUCGCACACAUCUUAACAAAGCUUCAGGUAGGGGAGAUGUUAUCGGAAUUAAUUCGAGAGUCUGGAAAUCAAACACCUGGAACAGAGCAGGCUAGAUGGCAAGCGGAGCUUUAUCAAGUGGCCAUUGAGUUAAUUGCAGUUGUGACAAAUUCUGGCCAUGCAAGUACAUUAGCAACAACAGAUGCUGCUGCACCUACCUUGAGGCGUAUAGAAAGAGCAGCUAUAGCGGCUGCCACUCCUAUUACCUACCAUUCCAGGGAACUGUUGCUCCUUAUACAUGAACACCUGCAGGCAUCUGGCUUGACUAAGGCUGCUGAUACACUUCUUAAGGAGGCUCAGUUGACACCUUUACCAUCCUUGGCAGAGAGAACCCCUGUCUUAUACCAAACUUCUAUUCAGGAAACUUCAGCAGUACAAUUUCAAUGGCCAUCUGGGCGUGUCCCCGGUGGUUUUCUUUCCGCUGUAUCAAAUACUUCACAGGGUGACAAAUCUUGCCAUAAUUUUGACUCUAUGAGGCCUGUUGCAAAAAAGGCAUCGGUUAUUCCGUGUAAUAUCAACUCUGAGUCAAAAAGUCAUGCUUCUACUCCGUCAUCAUCAGCUAACAAGAAAUUAGGAGCACUGAAAACUUCAUCGUCACCUACAGGGGGGGUAGCUGAAACUUCAUCUGGUUUUUCUUCUGCCAGUUGUAUUUCAGAUAUGAAAUCUCAAUCCAAGGCUCCAAAUAUAUUGCCGAUAAAACGGAAGCUAGAUUCAAGGGAUAGUAGUUUGGAAAACCCAGGGAAGCGAUUGGCAACUGGUGAUAGUGGGUUUCAGUCCACUAUAUGUCAGACGGCCAGUAUUGCCAGAAAGAGCAACUUAUCAAUGGACGUUACACCUGGUUGUCAACAAAAUAAGGAUGGUCGAUUAGCACUUGAUGGUUUUCAUUCUGAUUCUUCGAGGGAAAGUACUGCCACAGGUCAUCUAGCUGACUCUGUCAAAGCAGAAAGAGUAUCCCUAGAUUCUCUUGUGGUGCAAUAUCUGAAGCAACAACAUCGUCAGUGCCCAGCUCCUAUUACUACUUUACCGCCCAUCUCUCUCUUGCAUCCACACGCGUGCCCCGAAUCAAGAUGCAGCCUCGAUGCACCAACAAAUGUAGUCGCGAGGUUAAGUACUCGUGAGUUCAGAAACAGUUUUGGUGGACGUUUCAGUCGUAGGGAUCGCCAGUUUAUCUACAGCAGAUUCAGGCCAUGGCGUAGUUACCGGGAUGAAUCUUCUCUUGUGACGUGCCAAACUUUUCUAGGGGAUUUCUCUCAGACUGCAAUAGGGUGUCACUCUGGUGAAGUCAGGAUAUUUGAUUCAAACAGCUGUAAUGUUGUGGAAAGUUCCGCAGGCCACCAAUCUCAUGUGACACUUGUUCAAUCUGCGGUAUCAAGUGGGGCUCGAUUGGUUCUUUCAUCUGCUUCUCAAGAUGUAUGUUUGUGGGAUGCUUCUUCACUCUCAGCUGGUCCCUUGCGUACAUUUGAAGGAUGCAAGGGAGCAAGAUUUAGCACCUCUGGUACCUCAUUUGCAGCCAUAUCUACACAAUCAUCUACACGUGAGGUUCUUCUGUAUGAUAUUCAAACACACAAUCUGCAGUUGAAGUUUUGUGAUACCUCAACUGCUCCUUCAGCUCCUGGGAGGUGGCAUAUGCAGUACCCUGUACAUUUUAGCUCUGAAGACAAUUUGCUGUUGUGGAAUGGGGUUUUAUGGGAUCAGCGGAGUUCUAGAGUUGUUAAAUGUUUUGAUCAGUUCACAGAUUAUGGUGGUGGUGGAUUUCAUCCUGGUGGAAAUGAGGUAAUAAUUAAUUCAGAAGUUUGGGACCUUCGAAAUUUCAAGCUCCUCCGGAGUGUGCCUUCCUUGGCCCAGACCACUAUAACAUUUAAUGCUCGUGGGGAUGUAAUUUAUGCAAUUUUGAGGAGAAAUCUAGAUGACCUAAUGUCAACAGUUCAUGCACGUCGUAUGAGGCACCCGCUCUUCGCUUCAUUCCGCACCAUUGAUGCUACAAACUACUCAGACAUUGCUACAGUCCCUGUUGACCGGUGCAUUCUUGACCUUGCCACAGAAGCAACUGAUACUUUUGUUGGUGUGGCAUCUAUGGAAGACAAUGAGGAGAUGUUUGCUACGGCCAAGCUUUAUGAAAUAGGUAGACGGCGAACCACCAGCGACGAUUCUGAUCCUGACGAUUAUGUAGAGAGUGAAGAAGAUGAUGAUGGGAGUGACAACUUAGAUGCCGGUGAAAACCCAACUUUAGGUCACGAACUAGACAGUGAUGACGACGGAGAAGAUGACAAUGACGAUGAUGAUGAUGGUGUGGCCUUGAUACUUGGUACUGAAACUGAAGAGGAAGAUGAUGGUAGCCAAUCUGCAGUGUCUGACAGUGAAGACAGCUCAGAAGAGUGGUAGCCAAUCCGAAAAUGCAGGGUCUGGCAGUGAAGACAGACUGGUGGCCGAUCUGCAGGGUAUGACAGUGAAGACAACUCAGAAGACUGAGUGGUUUGAGCAGGCAAUAGAAUUCCAUAAUUCUUUGUCAAAUGCCAUAGAAAUUAAAUUGUUUGUUGCAAUUAGAUUGUUUCUCACGUCCUAUUUAGGAUAUUUGUUCCUAAAUUGUAUCAAGGUGAUCAUAUAUGAUUUUGUUGUCCCCCUGUCCAAGUGUGAAUUCAUCCAUUCAUGUUAUUGUACAUUUUUGGUUGGUGCAAUAGAAACUAA